GCGAGAGGAGAUUCUAUGUAUAAAAAGUAUCCCGAGCCUGGGCUGUGAGUAACUCCAGCAUUCUACUGGGGGCAGAGCAGACAGAGCCUCUUCCAGGAACUGAGUGUGAGUCCAGCUCUGCCAGGAACUCACUGAGUGCAUCCUCUGCUCUCAUACCUGGAUGGGUCCAUUCCCUGCUAGCUCACAUCUUCUCUGAGAUCUCUACAUGCUCACCCCUGGCAGCACUCACAGCAGGAGAAAGGAGAAAGCCCAGAGUCUCUAAUUCCAGCCCGGAUUAUCCUGAGUACCCCCAGCCAGCACCAUGGGAAGUAAAGGACACUACAAAUAUCACUGGCAAAGCCACAAUGUAAAACACAGUGGAGUGGAUGAUAUGGUCCUGUUGUCUAAAAUCACAGAAGAUUCCAUUGUGGAAAACUUGAAAAAACGCUAUAUGGACGAUUUCAUCUUUACAUACAUUGGACCAGUGUUAAUCUCUGUGAAUCCUUUCAAGCAGAUGCCUUAUUUUGGAGAGAAGGAAAUAGAGAUGUAUCAAGGAGCAGCACAAUACGAAAACCCACCGCACAUCUAUGCAUUGGCAGAUAAUAUGUACAGAAAUAUGAUUAUUGAUCGAGAAAAUCAGUGUGUCAUCAUAAGCGGAGAAAGUGGAGCUGGUAAGACUGUGGCUGCCAAAUACAUCAUGGGAUAUGUCUCUAAGGUCUCGGGAGGAGGCCCCAAAGUUCAGCAUGUAAAGGAUAUCAUUCUGCAGUCAAACCCUUUACUAGAGGCCUUUGGUAAUGCAAAGACUGUACGAAAUAACAACUCCAGCCGAUUUGGAAAAUACUUUGAAAUUCAGUUUAGCCCAGGAGGUGAACCAGAUGGAGGAAAAAUUUCCAACUUUUUGUUGGAAAAAUCUCGGGUCGUGAUGAGGAACCCAGGGGAGCGAAGUUUCCAUAUAUUUUACCAGAUGAUUGAAGGCUCUUCCAAAGAACAGAGAAAUGCUCUUGGAAUCACGAGCAUAGAUUACUAUUACUACCUUAGCCAAUCAGGUUCUUACAAAGUAGAUGAUAUCAAUGACAAGAGAGACUUUCAAGAAACCAUGCAUGCCAUGAAUGUGAUUGGCAUCUUUGCUGAAGAGCAGGCGAUGGUUCUUCAGAUCGUAGCUGGAGUUCUGCAUUUAGGAAACAUCAGUUUCAAAGAGAAAGGAAACUACGCGGCCGUAGAAAGUGAAGAAUUCUUGGCCUUUCCUUCCUUUCUGUUGGGAAUAAAUGAAACCCGCCUUAAGGAUAAGCUGACCAGCAGGCAGAUGGACAGCAAGUGGGGCGGCAAAUCCGAAUCGAUUAAUGUGACGCUGAAUGUGGAGCAAGCGUGCUAUACUAGAGACGCUCUCUCCAAAGCCCUCCAUUCCCGUGUCUUUGAUUAUUUAGUAGACUCUAUUAACAAAGCCAUGGAAAAGGACCACGAAGAAUACAAUAUCGGAGUCUUGGAUAUUUAUGGUUUUGAAAUAUUUCAAAAAAAUGGUUUUGAACAGUUCUGCAUCAAUUUUGUGAAUGAAAAACUGCAACAAAUAUUUAUAGAACUGACCCUAAAAGCAGAGCAGGAAGAAUAUGUUCAGGAAGGAAUCAGAUGGACUCCUAUUGAAUACUUCAACAAUAAGAUUGUAUGCGACCUGAUAGAAAACAAAGUGAAUCCUCCAGGUGUGAUGAGUAUCUUGGAUGACGUAUGUGCUACUAUGCAUGCCGUUGGAGAAGGGGCAGAUCAAACACUCCUUCAAAAGCUGCAGAUGGCUGUUGGGAACCAUGAACACUUUAACAGCUGGAAUCAGGGUUUUAUAAUUCACCAUUAUGCUGGGAAGGUAUCUUAUGAUGUAGAUGGCUUCUGUGAGCGGAAUCGGGAUGUACUUUUUACAGACCUCAUUGAGUUAAUGCAGAGUAGCCAACUGCCUUUCAUCAAAGCUUUAUUUUCUGAAAAUCUUCAAGCAGAGAAAAAAGGACGCCCUACCACAGCAAGCACCAAGAUAAAGAAACAAGCCAAUGACCUUGUCAACACUUUGAUGAAAUGUACACCUCACUACAUUCGAUGUAUCAAACCAAAUGAAACCAAGAAAUCCCGGGACUGGGAGGAGAGCAGGGUCAAACAUCAAGUGGAAUAUUUGGGGCUAAAGGAAAACAUCCGUGUGCGCCGUGCAGGAUAUGCUUAUAGAAGGGUAUUCAAGAAAUUCCUGGAGAGGUAUGCUAUUCUCACCAAAGAGACGUGGCCUUCUUGGAGAGGAGAAGAUAAGAAGGGUGUCCUCCAUUUACUGCAUUCGGUGAACAUGGAGUCUGAUCAGUAUCAGCUUGGAAAAACAAAAGUAUUCAUCAAAGCUCCUGAAUCGCUAUUUCUUUUGGAGGAGAUGCGUGAAAGAAAGUAUGAUGGAUACGCACGUAGCAUUCAGAAAGCUUGGAGAAAGUAUGUGGCCAGGAAGAAAUAUGUGCAGAUGCGAGAACAAGCAUCUGAUCUCUUCCUCAACAAGAAAGAAAGAAGACGGAACAGCAUCAACCGUAACUUCAUUGGUGACUACAUCGGUAUGGAAGAACGUCCGGAAAUUCGCCAAUUUGUAGGAAAACGAGAGAAGAUAGAUUUUGCAGACACAGUUACAAAAUAUGAUCGAAGAUCUAAGGGCGUGAAAAGGGAUCUAAUUUUAACCCCCAAAUCUGUCUACUUGAUUGGACGUGAAAAAAUGAAGCAGGGCCCAGAAAAGGGGAUGUUAAGAGAGGUUUUGAAAAGAAAAAUUGAUGUUGAACGGAUUCUUUCAGUUUCGCUAAGCACAAUGCAAGAUGAUUUUUUCAUUCUUCAUGAGCAAGAAUAUGAUAGCCUAUUAGAAUCACUUUUCAAAACCGAAUUGAUAAGCCUUCUAUCCAAGCACUAUGAAGAGAAAACGCAACGGAAGCUACCUCUCAAAUUUAACAACACACUUGACAUGAAGUUAAAAAAGGAAAACUGGGGACCGUGGAGUGGUGGCAGUGGCUCUCGCCAAGUGCAAUUUGUUCAAGGCUCUGGAGAUUUAGCCAUUCUGAAACACAGCAACAAGGUGCUACAAGUCAGCAUUGGACCCGGUCUGCCAAAAAAUUCCCGGCCAACUAGAAGAAACUUUACUGAAGGACGAAGUAACACAAAUAGGACACAGUCUUACCCCAGCAGGGCUGCCCCUCCCCCGCCAGGUUCUCACCAGAAUGGUGUAAUACAGAGCUCCCAAUAUGGCCACCAACAGCCUAAAAAUGCAAGGCCCUUCAACAACUCAAGAACACCUAUGGGACACCCAUCUCUACCAAGGCAGGUCGUUGGAGGAUCACCCAGUAAUCCUCAGCAGCCACAAAGUUUGGAAUUCCUACGAGUGCCUGACCAAGGAGUUGCAGGGGCACGUCGGCAAACCACAAGCCGGCCUCCUCCAGGAGGAGGAAGACCUAAACCUCAGCCAAAGCCCAAACCCCAAGUUCCCCAGUGUAAAGCCUUGUAUGCAUAUGAUGCCCAGGACACUGAUGAGCUAAGCUUUAAUGCCAGCGACAUCAUAGAAAUCAUCAAAGAAGAUAUGUCCGGAUGGUGGACGGGCCGAUUAAGGGGCAAACAAGGACUCUUCCCUAACAACUACGUCACCAAGAUUUAGGAUGUAUCGAUUAAUGUCAUCAUUGACACUAAGAUCAGACUGUACACCAUUGUACUGUAACCUCAUGGAGGAAGUGCCUCAUUCUUAAACAUCUUUACUUGAGAUGCCCAUACCAAAUAUCUGCUCUGUGUACUGUCAAGGAAGAAGUUCUCCAGCCCAAUGCUACAGGAAUAUGAAAAGACAUAGACGCACUGGACUAAAAGAUAUUUAUUGUAUUUAAUCCCGUUUUUAACUUUCAUGGCCAGUGACCUACCACCCAUUGCAGAGCAAUGCUUGGCAAGCUCCAUUGCCUUUGAAAGCUUUAGGAUGAAUGAAGUUGUGCUGGAUUUCCUUUGACACAGAACAAUCUUUUUCUUUUUUUUCUCUCUUUGAGUGUCAUGGAUCGGAAGUGCCUUUUGUUUACUAAUGUGUCUGUUAAGUUAUAUGAAUAUCAAAUUUUAUGCACAAUUUUUCUCUCCAUUUGCAUAGGGACGAAGGAAACUUUCAUAUGCUGCUAAAACAUUGCAAGAAGUUUAUUUUAAUUUUUUUAGGGUUAAUUUUUUUUUACCCUCCAGUUUAUUUUAGAUUUUUUUUUUCUUCCGACUGGCAAAAUUGCAGCAUUUUUUUUUUUUUCCUUGAAAGAAUGUGAUGUUGGAUUGAAUGGAGGCAGGAGGAAUGAAAGCGAUAUUUACUAGUGAUUGACAGGCUCCACCCAUGGCGCAUAAUAGAAUGUUCGUAUUAUUCACAGCUGAUUAGUCUUCUAUUGGAAUAUGGCUGGCCCAUGUUGAUGUUUGUAGAAUGCAGUCACCUGUUACAGGGAGCAUCUCAUUCUUUUAAGCUGUAUAUUUUUAAAGCAUAUCAUAUAUCCUGUACAUAUCUAAAAUAAAAUGUUAUCGUCGUGUAUGAAUGUACAAUGUAGUACUCCACUGUACUUAUGGCAUAUUUAAGAUUAAUAUACCAGGUACUUACAAAAUAUGCACUUAAGACAAGGAUUUUUAAUGCUUUUUGUCUCUCUGCUCUUGCUUACGAUGAAAUGCCGUCUGGUAUUCAAAUUUUCCAAAAAUACAGAUUUUACAAAAGACAGCUCAGUCUUUGCAGAUAUUAUUUCUGCUUCAUAUAAUAGGCUAUUUAAUAAAGAUAUUUUGUGUUUACCCACA